AUGUUAGUCGUGGACUACAGCUCAGAGUCCAACACCAUAAUCCCAGACAUCCUCACCACCAAACUGAAACACCUUCGGAUCCCCCCUGCCACCUGCUCCUUGAUCAACAUUUCCUCACCAAUUGGUCUCAAUCAGUCUGACUCGGCCCCCAACUCUCCAUCCCACUCUCACUCAGCACCGAGUCUCCACAGAGCUGCGUUCUCAGCCCCCUACUUUAUGCCCUGUGUACUCUUGGGACAUGCAAGAGGCAUACGCUUGUUUUUCUUUUAUUGUUCUUCUGUGAACCGUGGUGGAGACAUGGAUGUUAGUGUAAAUUCCUAUUGUACCGUGUUGGAUAAAACAAGCCAAUCUAAAUUCCUUUGUUACACUCGCAGGAAAGACGGAAUGCUUAGUGUGUGUCUGACAGAUGCUGCAAAUGUCUGGAGUGUGGAGUACACUAAGGACAGCCUGAAGCACCUUGGUCAGCGGUUUGCCUUAAAAUCUACAGAGGAUUAUGUCUUGAAACUCAGGGCAUUCUGCAAUAGUGGAGAUGUGUCAGUUGCCGUGCAUGAGGUUGGUGCAGAGCUGCAUUUGGGAUCCAGUCCAGAAGACCUGAGUAUAACCCUGUCCAGACUGGAAGGGCCACAGGCCACAGACAAGUUGAAGGAGCUGCUGUUCACGAUGGCUGACAGCCUCACACAGCUUGACAGUGGCCCCUCAAAUGGACCCCCCUCAGCCAGUCCAGUGAAAAAUUACCAAAGACGGCCCACAGAAUUUGAGCCCUGGCAGCAGCAGAACAGUGCUCCAGCAAUGACCAUGAAGAGAAGACUUCCGGGGUCCUCACUCAUCAACCCAGGGGUUAAAAAAAAGCAGCAAGCGACUGGCGUUGCCUUUGAUGAUGCAGAUGAAGACUGAUAGUCCUCCUUGUACUCAUAGUCCUGCUGCGUAGCCAGAGAUGAAUGAUCUUUUAAUCCGCUAACAGAACAUGAAAACCUCAGUGCAUAUUUAUGGGAUCAAAGCUUAAACUUGAACUGCUUUUUAUGAAACACUGACUUUUUAUGCUAUAUAAUGGUUGUCUCCAAUAAAUGAUUGAAUGAUAAUUUGUAAUAAAAUAACAUAAGAAACACACUG